AUGCCACAGAACCAGGAAAUGCCAGAAAUGAAUGCGUAUCUCUGGUAUUGUCAUGAUCUCGCAAUCACAUAUCCUGACACCAUCACUUGGCCGGGAGAAGACCAGUUCGUGGCCGAACAACAGGAUUAUUUCUCCCGCCAACAGUCGGAACUCAGCCCCGCAUGCUUUUAUCGACCUUUUGACGAGCUGCAAUUAUCGUACGCCGUGGCCAGAGUGAAGAUCCACCCACUUUGUCCCAUUGCCGUCAAGGGAGGAGGUCAUGCAUCAUUUGCAGGUGCUUCCAAUACAGCCAAGGGCAUAACCAUUGUCCUUCGACACUUCGACCAAGUGACCCCGUCAGCAGACAAAAGGACCGUGCGAGUAGGCGCAGGAAAUCGCUGGAGGAACGUGUACCAGGAGCUGGAAAGAUUCAACCUGACCGUGACAGGCGGCCGAACAGGAUCUGUCGGAGUCGGGGGAUUUACUCUUGGAGGUGGAAUCUCUUUCUUCUCUGGCUUGUAUGGCCUGUCUUGUGAUAACGUAGCCAACUAUCGGGCGAUCCUUGCCAAUGGGUCUAUUCUCGAUGUCAACCGAAACUCCCAACCCGAGCUCUACUGGGCUCUAAGAGGCGGGGGCAGCAAUUUCGCCAUUGUCACCCAUUUUGAGAUGUACGCGAUCCCUCAUGCCUACAUGUGGGGGGGAACACGGAAUUACACUAAGCAAUGGAUUCCUCGACUCAUCGAUUUCUAUGUCGAGUCGGGAUUCCUCGCCUCUUCCCAGCCCUCGGCCUCCCAGAUCACCACCCUCUACUACCGGGACGGCGAGUAUACCGCGACAGUCGAUCUCUUCAAUGUCAACCCCGAGCCUAGCGACAUGCUUUUCAACACCACCCUGCCCCAGGUGCCCUACACGUCCGACACUCUCGCCAUCACGCGCCAGUCGCAGCUGGCCGAGUCCAACUACCUUGGCCAGCCCGAUGGACUGCGUCAGACAUAUUGGACCGCCACAUACCUCCUCGACCAAGCACUUGCGCACUUCAUCCACCAAGUCUUCGAAGAGGAGACGGCCGCUCUGGGGCCACUCGAUGAUCUAGAGGCGCGCUGCAUCAUGCAGAUAUUUGCCAACAACACCCUGCAGGCCAUGACGAAAAACGGGGGCAACGCGCUCCCCAUCGCGGGUGGUGAGCAGCCAGUCAUCAUUCUGAACCCGGCCUUCCGAUGGCAGCAGGCGAGCGACGACCUGAAGAUUCUGCAGGCUAAUCAGAAUCUGUUCACCCGCGUCAAACAUUACGCAAGGGAGCGCGCCCUCAAUGUCGAUUAUCUGUACAUGCCGUAUGCAAGCGAAUUUCAGAACGUGUUGGAGACCUAUGGCCCAAAGAAUCUCGACCGCUUGCGUCAGGUAGCGAGCACCUACGACCCCGAGGGCUUCUUCCAGACGCAGACCCCGGGGUAUUUCAAACUCAACGGACGGGUUGGCUGGUGA